AUGUUGAUUGCUCUGAUGCCUUUAAUACUUCUCAGACACAAAUUGGCAAAUACUGGUGUUAGAGGAAGAGCCUCAUUUCUGUUAAUAGUUUACGAAAGGAGUGGUGAGUAUAGGCUUAAGAAUAAGGAUUUAGUUAGAACAUGCACUGGCAGUAGAAAAUGUGGAUGCCCGUUUAAGUUGCGUGUGAAGCCAGUUUUGGGAGGAGAAGGAUGGAUGAUGAAGUUAAUUUAUGGGACUCACAAUCAUGAAACGGCAAAGUCAUUUGUUGGUCAUCCAUAUGCGGGUCGACUAAUUAAAGAUGAGAAGAUUGGUGUUGCUAAUAAGACGAAGUCCAUGGUGAAGCAAAGAAAUAUUCUUUUGACGUUGAAGAAGCACAAUGUCAACAGUUAUACAACAAUCAAACAAAUUUACAAUGCCAAAAAUGCUUACUGUUCUUCCAUAAGAGGGAGUAACUCCGAAAAGCAACAGCUCGUGAUGUUGCUUGACCAAGAUCAAUAUAUUCACUGGCAUAGGUUGAAGGAUGAAAAUGUUGUACGUGACUUGUACAAACUGUCAUUGCUUGAUAUUAUUGGAGUUACACCAACAAGAAUGACAUUCUCUGCUAUUUUUGCUUACAUGGAGGGAGAACGUCUUAAUAAUGUUGUUUGGGCUCUACAGCGGUUUCGGGGUCUUUUCAUGAAAGUUGAUGCACUCCUUGGGGUUAUUGUUACCGACGGAGAUUUGGCUUUGAUAAAUGCAGUGAAAACUGUAUUCCUAGAUGCUACGAACUUGUUGUGUCGGUUUCACAUUGACAAGAAAGUGCAGGCAAAGUGCAAAACCCUGGUGGGUCAAAAAAUGCAUGGGAUUAUGUGA